AUUCACUGUGACGCCUGCAUUCAACAAGUUGUUGCCGCCUCUCCACUUCGCCCAAGUCUCAAUCCGUCGGCCUCAUGGGCUUGCGUUGCCUCAUCUACUACUACUCUAGUCACGACUCAUAGGAUAUUCCAACCGUUCCUAAAAGGGACUGUAAACAACACGCAUCGUCCUUGUUGGCUUCGUGCUGUAAUUGGACCCGAAGAGCCUCAUUGAACAUGAUCCAUGCUGUCUUGAUAUUCAAUACUUCUGGUGUCCCCCGCCUCACCAAGUUCUAUACCCCAUUGCAACAGUCGGCUGAAAACUUGACCCAGAAGAUAUUCUCCCUCAUUUCCUCCCGAUCAGCGACUCUUUGUAACUUCCUUGAUGCACCUGAGCUCGAGAGUUUCCUCAAUCAGAAGGAUGCAGAUGGAGAGAAGCUGAGGGUUGUGUACAGGAAUUACGCAACGCUGUACUUCGUGUUUGUGGUGGACGCUGCGGAAAGUGAACUUGGUAUCCUGGACCUCAUACAGGUCUUUGUAGAAUCUCUUGACCGAGCAUUCGAGAACGUAUGCGAACUCGACCUCGUGUUUCACUUUGACGAGGUUCACCACAUACUAUCCGAGAUUAUCCAAGGAGGUCUCGUUCUAGAGACUAACGUGGAGGAAAUUGAUCAUGCUGUGCAAACCGCUGCGAAAGCGAGGAAAGAAUCGUUCGCAUCGGCUAAUCCGCUUUCCCUAGGUGGUGGAGGUGUUGGUUCCCGGAGUUCCGGACUGCAAACGCCAUUGGGCUGGUUGACAGGAAGAUUGACAGGAGUGGGUGCACGGUAAUCACUAAGUUAGAUCUCCCGAGAGUUCGCACUUGUGAGCAUGGGAUGUACCUCGAGGUGUUCAUUAAAAUACACUACCAAAAUGUACAUGCAGUCUGCGCUGC